GGACUACUUCUGUCAGAGCUGAGGACGUUCCAGUCUCAAGUGCCACUGAGAGUCUGCAGGACCAGCUGGUUGUCCCAGGAGAAUAGCCAGUCCAUCAACAAACACACGAACGAUCAAAAGCGACUGAAUUGACGCCUUUGAGGACUAUUGGAAAUAUUGGAACCUGAAGAAAACCUGAAGAAAACCUGAAGAAAGGAAAUUAAGGAAGAAAAAGUGACCUGGGAAAAGAAGAAGGGAUUGUGAGAACAACCACAAGAGGACGUUGGUGUCUGAUGCUUCUGCUCAGAUACAAAGUAAAGAAGAUUAUACAUAAAGAAGAAUCUUGAAAAGCGGAAAUCACAACCACGCAUAUUUAUGCAGUUUUUAAUCCAAAAGAAUAAGAAGGAACUAAGCAAGAAUAAGCGAAUCAGAAGAGGAAUAUGUUUUUCUAUCAUCCUUUUAACGAUCAAACGUGUUUUAGAACAACAUUUGCGUGAAUUCUCGGCGGUCCGAUAAGAGACGGAGGAACUAGAAGGACAGAAUAUCAACCUGUCAGCUAAAAGCGAAUGAAGGAAAAUAAUAUAUUUUCUUUUUUUUUUUUUUUUUAAGUUGGACAUUUUCAAUCAAGAAUCUGAAUUUGCAGUUUGGUGCAAUCAUAGCAGGAGUAACAAGUCAUAAGUGACAAAAUAAAAAGGGUAUAAAGUAAUAAAGUAAUACAGCAAUAAAGCGGAAAGUAAAUAUUUAAAAAAAAGGGGUUCAAAGAGGACACCGAGAAGGAAUAAAUAAGGACGGAAAGGAAGACUAAAGCCGAAACGAGGACAAAUCCAAAGAACCAAACUAAACUACACAACAAAAAAGAGGGACUAAAGGGAGAAAUCACAAGGGGGUGAGCAUGAGGCUCCUGGUGCUCCUUGCGGCUCCUCUCUCCAUCCUCCUCCUCCACGUUGCAGCGGUGGCCCCCGUGGCCCCCGUGGCCCCCGGGGGCGGCGUGGCCCCGGCCCGCUUGGAGCGCUGGGUCCGCUCGGGCCUCCAGUCGCUGCAGUGGGACCAGCUGGACCGGUGCCUCCGCAUGUCCUCGCUCUCCGAGGCCGAGUGCAGGCGGCUCGCCCACCUGCCGCUGUCCGCCGUGGCCGUGUACGUGUCGGAGCCUCGCACAGCCGCAGGUAACGCAGACACAGUCGUGGCCAUCCUGCCGGACUCCUCGGGCGGCUCCGCGGGCUCCAAACUGCGGGGAGGGUUCAGGCAGCAGCAGUCUUCCCCCGGCUCCGCGGCCCACGAUGCCGUGCUGGUGCUGGAUCCGAGCCCCGGGGAGAACUUUGGGCACCCGGUGGUCCUGUUCUACGUGGAUGUGAACGUGACGAAGAAGAGAUGCUCUCACCUGGAUGGCAUUUACCUGGGCGAGGAGUGUUUGACUCUGGCUCUGAAGGGCCGUUGCCAGAACCAGCUGAAGCGUCGCCAAGCCGGGCCGGAGAGGCUCAUGGGUAACGGGCAUCGACUGGCCGGCGGGCCGCUGCGCGCUAGCGUCACCACCACUGGCGGUGGAAGCCGUCUGGUGGAGCGGCCCGUCGGGGGGCUCUGUGAAGUCCACUUCCUUCCGCUGGUGGUCGGAGCCGGAGACAGCAACCGAACGCAGAGGCUCAAGUGUGUCGAUCAUGCGGAGUUUGCGAGGUGCCCUCAGCCACUUCCGAUGGGCUCGCCCAGUUUGCCCGCCUCAAGCUGUGAGCUGAAUAAGAACACCCGGCGCUGCCACCAGCAGCCGCUGGCCACUCACCUCGCCUGCCGCCUCUACCAGACCUGCGACCACGCCGUGCUCCUCUCAGGCGGCUGGCAGCAGCAGAUGACGUUCCAGCGUCACGUUGAGAACCUCCAGAGGUUCUACAGAAUGCUGCGGAACAACGGCUUCCACAAAGAACACAUCAAGACCUUCUUCGCCAGCAGUGGACAGCUUCCCGGCGACGUGGAGGGAGUGUACUCGGCAACGGAGAAAGCGGCGAUCCGUAACCACGUGUCCUACGUGUGCAGGAAGCAGCACUGCGCCGACUCGCUGGUCCUCUACCUGAACUCGCCGACGCGCAACGACGGCGCCAUGCUGCUGUGGGACGCCAACCUCAACGGCAUCGCCGACUCUAAGGAGCGAUACUCGGUCAACGAGCUGCUGGCCGACCUGGCCGGCUGCAGGGCCGCGCGCGUGCUGCUGUUUGUGGAUCAGAGCUACAGCGGCGUUCUGUCCAAGAGGCUGCGGGGGUCCCAGAAACACCGCAACGUGGUUCUGAUCCAGAGCCAGAGCCGGCACGGCCGCCAGAGGUCGAGCCCCGGCUGGGACGAGGGCAGCUGGUCCCACGUCGGCCCCGCCAGCUGCCUGCUGGGCCACCUGGGGAAGGGCACCGGGACGUCCCGCCUUCUGGAGCCGUGGGCCGGCCUUCUGAACGUGACGCUGGCCGGCGCCCCGUGCAACGCCACGCCGCCUCUGACGGAGGGCGAGAUGCGACGGGAGUACCAAGGCUGCCAGAACCUGGCCACCGCGCUCUGGCACCGGACAAACAGGAGGACCAACUGAGAGAGAGAGAGAGAGACGCUGAGCCCGAGUGGGAGAGAGAGAGAGAGAGAGAACUAAUUCAUUAUGGACACACGCACACAUCUUCACAUUACCAACAUAACUUAGGGCUUUAGUUUCAGUGUGCUUGGUGGACGCUGGUGUGUGUUCUCUGUCCUAACUCCGACAGUAACCAUGGCGAUGACAGCUCGUCCCCACCGGAGUGUCCCGAACACCAUGAGAACCAUGUGUGUGUGUGUGUGUGUGUGUGUGUGGUUGUGGGUUCAGCAAGAGGACAACCCCACUGAAACCAUCGCUGUAGCUUAUGCUGGUGUGUGUGUGUGUGUGUGUGUGUGUGUGUGUGUGUGUGUGUGUGCGCGUCACAGCUCACUUCAACAUUUCAGAGCCGUUCAACUUCUCUAUUUUCAAUGACACGCAGGAACUUUCCACUAUUUCUUUCUUUCUGUUUUCCGUCAGGGGUCCGUCUGCCCCUUUAGGCUACUUUCCUCCCAACCUUCCCUCUGGAUCUCCUCCUCUCUCCACUUUACUUCCCUCUUGCCUCCAUCUAAUUGUCUUCGAUUCCCUAUCACGUGGGUUUACCUCUCUAACCUCUAUCCCUCCUCGUUUAAUUUGUUCCUGUAUUUCUUUUAUUUUUAUUUCUUUUCCCUUCUGAGAGUUACACACUGAAAUCGUUUUGCAAAAAGCCGAAAGCGUUGAAGCGAGUUUAGUGCAUUUUUUAUUUGUGCACAAGAAAUGAAGAGAAAAUGUUUCGACGAAAAAGGCCAUUUGCCAUCUUUACCUGCGUCUCGCAGUUAAAAAGCCCCCACAUGGGUUCAUAGGCGGUCAGCACUGAGGGCCCCUCCAUCAUAUUCCCACACGUUCUCCCUCUCAACGGGUCUCCGUUGCGUCGGCUCUCAGGAAGCUGACACGACGCAUGUAACUGCAACUGAGAACGUGUUUCACAUUUUGUGACCAUUAAAGCACGUUGCCACGGUCAUCAUUUGUGUCAUCCAAAAGAGACAAACAGUCACCAGGAAUCCCACAGGGGGGACGCCGAGGAUUGUUCGAAAAGCAUAAAUAAAUGACACGCAGGAACUUAUUUUGCAGAUCGUGAGACGGGGGACAUUUGAGUUUGUUUUUUUUUCACCCGGCAGACGGACGGAGCGAGACAUCGAGGCAGCCAUGAAACGAGAGACGGAAACGUGUCAUGAUUAAGAUAUGAAGCUCUGAGACUGCUGCACAGACGGGCUAUGGCAUUUUAAUAAGGGCACAACUUGCGUGUGUGUGUGUGUGUGCGUGUGUGUGUGUACAACACAUGAAAACAUGCACUCGUUCUAACAUUAACCCUCCCCCACACUAACGACGUCCACCGGGUCCUCUGUGUGUGGUGGUACUUUGUGAUAUUUGUCUACUUUGUCCUUCUGAGUAACCAUGUAGUGUAUGAAGACGUGGUGUCCAUCCCAGUUCCUCCCAGGCGGGUUUUUGCACCGAUGACUGUUUUACACGAGAGACGUGUUAUUCCAAGAGAUUGGCGACGAUUGGGGGAAAAACUUUGCAAAGGCGUGGCGCAUUUUGGAGCAAACACCACGUCCAUCUGGUGGAAAUGUGCAUAUUCACAGUUGGUGUAACAACCUGUACAGAGAGACACAGAGUGCGAGGUGUCAUUUAGCAGGAUUGUGUCUACUUGCAUGCCUUCAAAUCACAACAUUUAGUCAAUAAAGUAUGUUUAGAAUCCAGUGAA